GGGUAAAACCGGAAGCGGCAAUAUUGGAGAUCGAUGCACUCUCGCGGAGAAUAUAUAAAGACGCUUUUCAAGCCAAAGAAUAAUUUAGUUCCAUGACUUAAUCUUUGCUCAUUGAAAUAUAUUUUGGAAAUUGAUAACGCAACAACGCACACCAUCGCUUGAAAAUGCUCCCUGUUAAAAUAAUAACUGUUCUUUCGUGCAUUGUAUCCUGUAUCGCCGAGACAGAGAUUCUAAUAGGGAAAGAGGAUGACAUAGACAUGGCCCAAUGUUUGAAAAACGAGAGAAUAUCAAAGAUUUGUCUGAAAUGUAGCUCGUUUCCGUUUUAUGCGAUUCCGUCUUUAGACACGUGCUGUUCAGACAAAAGCGCAUUCCUCCUAUGCGAGGCUUGUGUUAACGACCAAGAUUCUUGUGAAGUAUUGAUGAAAGAAAUAGAAGAACUUGAUUCUUUAUCUGAAGACAGGAAUGGUAAUGAUGAUUACUAUGACGGAAUAGAUACUUUUGAGGAUUCAGGUGAAGAGCUGGAAUAUCCUGAUGCUUAUUCGAUGGCACACCGAUCUCCUGUAACAAACACUGUUGAGAAACGGUUUGGAAAGUUGUUUGUUAACAGAAAUCCAAAACGGUUCGGGAAGAUAUUCUUUGGUAAAAGGAGUGAACAAACUGCUGACGAUAGUAGCGGAGGAAUGGACAAACGAUUUGGCCGAAUAUUUAUGGGACGCGGAUCCUACUUUGGAAAGAGGAGCGAAAUGAAUAAACGUUACGGUACACUAUUCACGACGUCAAAGAACUAUUUUGGUAAACGUGUUCCAUAUUCAACAAAUAGUGAAAUUUUAGAUGAAAAUUAUAAUGACAUCGAGCCAGAAGAUUUAGACAUUUCUAAAAGGUAUGGACGAAUAUACAUGGGAAACAGAAGAAAUAAGAUGUUCGGAAAACGUUAUGGCCGUAUUUUCUUUGGAAAAAGGAGCAAUGAUUUUGAAAAGAGAUUUGGAACAAUGCAAAUGGACCGCAAUUACUUUAUGCGGAAUCCUAACUAUGGGGGCAUUGAUAAAAGAUAUGGGCGACUCUUCACCGGGAGAAACAAUUAUUAUUUUGGAAAGUGAUUCCAGAAUAGGCAUAACACUCCAAUGACUAUAGUGCCUAAAUGUUGUGGUCCAAAACAUUUAAAUCUUACAAUGUCAUUAUGCUAGAACAAAAAAAGUCUGUUUUUUUCUACCAUUAAAGAAAAAUGAGAAUGGAACGGAACGUGUAUUUAAUAAACAAAACGAAAUCAAAAAGCUAUGACAUUAGAAAUAUCAUUGAUGGAUAUGCAGGGCAUGUAUUGGUACUCGUUAUAUAUAAAGGACAUGUUGCAGUACUCCAAACUGGAUUUGAAGCAAUUUUAAUGCAUAUGAACAAGCAUAUUUACAGUUAACUAAUUUUAACGUAGUCGAGUGUCUUGUGCUAGUUUUGUUUCAUAAACAACAAUGUAAAUUUUUAUUGGGAUCUCUUUUAAAAAAAAGAUACACUUAUUGCAGUAAAUCAAGUUAGUCUUCAGCUAUAUUUAAACUGAUUAUUCACUAUUUUACCAUAGACUAUUAUUUAACUGCAUUAGAAAUAGAAUUGAUAAAACAAUUUUAAAAUAGUUCUCAGAAGACUUCAUAUAAAUAUAUUCCAAAUGUAACACACUCUUAACGAUACAAACCUUCAAGGAUACUUUACAUCUUUACAUACAAACGUAACCGACUUUAGUGGAACAAAUAUUGGUUUGUGUGCAUUUAUUUGUAUCAGCACUGAGCAUUUGUCAAAAAAAACGAGACAGUGCUAUACACCGGGCCGAUAACUUAUUCAAAAACAGCUAGAUUGUGCUGGCUUUAUUUAAUAUGUUUUCUCUCUAUAUUCUUUCACUCGGUUUCUCUCUUUCGAUCGCCCUGAAUCUGCACUGUCAGAUGAUGGCUUUUGCGUCCUGUGUGGCUGUAUAUAUCAUUACCUGUUAUUGUCAGACUCUAUCAAAUAAAACGUCUUUACAGUGAAAACAGGUCGCCCAACACGACAAAAAUGAAAAUGUUGCAGGCUCGGUUUAAUUGAAACAGAGGGUCGGUUUAACUGAAACAGUCUGCUAUUACUUUGUUCCGUUUCAUGCUAUUUUUCCAAAUGACAUUCUUACCUAUUCUAUGUGUAUAAUUUUAAACAAUCCGAAUAUAUUUACUUUUCAAUGUCAAAAACUAUUUGAUAUGACCGAAAUACAUUAUGUUUUCAUCUUUUUCUGUCCAAUCUGUCUGUGAAGACCACAUUUGAAAAAUAAAAGUAUAGUUUUUUUAGGACUGGGACGAUUACUCGGUUAAUCGGAUCCGAUUCGAUUUCUAGAUGAAACCGAUUUUAAUUUUGCAAAACAUCACGAAUUGUACUUUAUCUUUAUACAUUUCUUUGACUAGCAAAUAGACCCGCAGUAUAUUUCCGCUAAAACACAUUGAACAUAGUCAAUAGUCUCGGAUUUGCCUGUCGUGAUAUGUGUAAAAUAAAGUACACCAAUAUAUGACUUAUUAAUUAUCACAUUGUUUGCAAAGGAUAAAGUUCGUAAGUUCCUAAUGUAAUCAGCUCCUGGAAGUACCUUGAUACCGUCGUCAGGAAAGAAAACAGUAUUUUCAAUAUGGCGACCGAUUAACCGGUUUGGUUCGAUUUCAUACAAAAGAUUAACCGGUUUCAAAAUUUUGAAAUCGUCCCAGCCCUAGUUUUUUUGACAGGUAGUUUAUCGACAUAGGUAAGUCUACGCUUUUUACAUAUUCGGGCACAUUUUCAUGUAAUCUCGUCAGGCAUAUGUAUGUUUUUGACGACACAGAAAACGACGUCACUCGACCUUCAGCUAUUCCCGGAAGUAAAGAAAAUGAAAGUCAACAGACUAAACUUAACGAAAGUCGCAUUUGCAUUGGUCAAUAGUCAGGGGUCACGAGCAGGGGUCACCCCGUCUAAAUGUAUACGCAUGGACUUCUUUUUAUUUGCUAUUGGGGAGUCAAUUUUCAGCAAUUUCUAACAAUUUGAAAAUGCCUUGGCUUUAGCAUGAUAUGUCAGCUUUUCAUCUAUGAAAACAUAUUUAAAUAAACACUAAUCCCACAGGGUCCGUAACGGAGCAAGGGUAUAUGGAGAUUUUUGAAACUUCGUCAAAUCGUUCAAAAGGUCCUUUAUGAUGUUGUUUCACACACAGACUGAAAGUGUCAGUAUAUGCCUCGGACGUCAGAUAUUUCCGUAUUUGAGAGCUGCAGACCUAGACAUUUCAAAAAAUGAUUUCAAAAUAAAUUUCGUGUAAUAAAUGUUGAUUCUACGGAAGUGUGAAAGGACCAUCAGACGCUAAUACGUUUUAUUAUGUUACAGAUGCGGAAAGGAUAUUAGAAGACAAAAUUCUGACCUUUAUAAGCAGAUUUAUGAAGUACGUUUAUUUUUGCUAUAACAAAAUUCCACUUAAGCCAGUGUUAGGAGACAUGAUGGGUGUUACACGUCUCAUUACCUCAUAUGAACUAACUCAAUAAAACCGAGUCUGCUG